GGUACUUUUAAGGAAACUGCUCACCAACAGGCAACCAGCAACCAGAAGCCAGUCGAGUGGGUGGAAGCGGUCGCUCCUCGCAUUGUUCCGCUUGGUCUCACUUUAGGUUUUGUGGCUUCCCAGAGGAAUAAGAAAGAAAAUCAAUCAAAGCAGGAGGACGAAAGCACUGAAGAGGUGAAGAACUUUAAACAGAGUGUGUUUGUCGGCCUGUCACUGUGGUACAAACAUGACUGAGGUGGCGCAGGUGGCAGCUGUAGAUGCCCACGACGUGGAAGAUAAAGAAAGCGAUGUGACAGCCAAUGACGUUGAGGGUAGAGGUGAGAGAGCAUCCACAGAAGAUCAGAAACCUCGUGGCAGGAAUGAAACGGCGAGCAAUGAGACCGACAAGACACACGUGAACGGCUUGGAGCACAAAGAAAAGAAAGGGCAAAACGAGAGCUUGGGAGAUGUUAAUGGUGUUUCACAGAAGGAGGAGGACGAGGAGGAGGAAGAGCCUGAAACAAAUGAAGACCAGAACAUUUCUGAUGUGGCAUUCAAAAAAGAGAAACUCCUCAGAUCCAGAAAGCUGGUGGCAAGAAGCUACGUGCCAAAACUCAACAAAGACAAGGAGAACGUGACGAGCAAAUUUGAGGCCAUGCAGAAGGCCAGGGAGGAGCGCAGCAGGCAGAGGAACAGGGAGGAGCAGCAGAAGAGGAAGGAGCAAUACAUCAAGGAGAGAGAGUGGCAUCGCAGGAAGCAGCAGAUAAAAGAACUGCUUGCUUCCAGUGAUGAGGAAGAGGAGGUGAAGCCAGCGAAGGUGGAAAAAUCUUACGUCCCCAAAAUCAAAGGUAGCGUGAAGGGGAAGUUUGCAGAAAUGGAAAAACAAAGACAGGAGGAGGAGAGGAAGAGGAUGGAGGAAGAGAGGAAGAAGAGGGAGGCCCAGGAUAAGCUGGAGAAAGCCAAAAUCCAGAAAGAACUGGCUCAAAAAGCCGCUGAGGAAGGAGAUGACACAAUCCUGGUGCGUGUGGUCCCGGCGAAGCCGUCACGACCUCCCGGCAAAAUCAAAGUGAAUUUUGAAGACAUGGAGAAGAAUCGAGAGGAGGAGCUAAAAAGGAAGGCAGAAGAGGAGAAAAAAAGACGCUACGACGAAAACAAGCGCUCCUUCCGGGAAGUGAAGAGACGCUCAGUUAAUCAACAGGAUGAAGAGGAGAAAGCUUCCGAUAAGGUUCAAGUCACUCCUGGAAAGCUGAAACUGACCUUUGAGGAGCUGGAGAAAGAAAGGCAGGAGCAGAGGAGGAAGCAAGCUGAGGAGGAAGCCAAACGCCGCCUGCUAGAGGAGAAGAAAGCUUUUGAGGAGGCCAGGCUGGGAAUGGAAGAAGACGAGGAAAGCACAGGACAGGAAGACAAGGAGGAGUUUCGCCCAGGAAAACUGAGACUGAGCUUUGAAGAGCUGGAGAGACAAAGGGUAGAGGAAGAGCGCAAGAAAGCAGAGGAAGAGGCCAAGAGACGGAUGGAGGAGGAGAGAAGAGCUUUUGCUGAAGCCAGGAAAAGCAUGCUUGUAGACGAGGAUGACGAGGUGCUGAUGGCCUUGCUGAACCUGGAGGGCAGUGAGCCUGGGAAGAUAUGUGUCAGCUUUGAGGAGCUGGAACGCCAGAGGAGAGAGGAAGAGCAGAAAAGGGCAGAGGAGGAGGCUAAGAGGAGACUGGAGGAGGAAAAGAGGCUGUUUGCUGAGGCCCGCAGGAGCAUGAGCCCUGGUCUGGAUCAGGAAAAGUCUGCAUUUGGAGAUGAAACAGUACUAGAUGAGGACGAAGGGAUGGUAAAGAGCGAGUCUCAGGAAGCCCUGCACCCCAGGAAACUGGAGAUCAACUUUGAAGAGCUGCUGAAAGAGAAGGAGGAAGCUGAGAGGAGACGCAAGGCAGAGGAGCGCAAAAAGAAAAUGGAGCAAGAGAAGCAGGAAUUCGAACAACUCAGACAAGAGAUGGGCGAGGAAGAAAUAAAUGAAAGCUCGGAUGUUGUAAGCAAAGAGUACGAAGAGCUCACUAAGCUCAAGAGAACUGGCUCCAUUCAGGCCAAAAGCCUCAAGUCCAAGUUUGAGAAGAUCAAGCAGCUGACUGAGGAGGAGAUUCAGAAGAAGAUCGAGACGGAGAGAGCCAAGAGGAAGGCCAUCGAUGAUGAAAUUAAGGAGAGAGAAGCUGAGCGGUUCCAGGAGGAUGAGGACCAGGAAACGACUCCAGCGAGGGCCGAAGAGUCACCGUUCAAACAGAAAGUGGACAUGCGAGCCCGCUUUGAGCAGAUGGCCAAAGCAAGAGAGGAGGAGGAACGGAGGAGGAUAGAGGAGCAGAAACUGCAGAGGAUGCAGUUUGAGCAGCAGGAGAUUGAUGCCGCGCUCCAAAAAAAGGAUGACGACGUGGAGGACGAGGGCAGCAUCAUUAACGGCUCUGCGGCUUACGAAGAUGAGGAGGAUCACGCCAGGUCAGGGGCCCCGUGGUUUAAAAAGCCCCUCAAAAACCAGUCGGUGGUAGAUUCUGAGCCAGUUCGGUUCACCGUAAAGAUCACCGGGGAACCAAAGCCAGAGGUGACCUGGUGGUUUGAGGGAGAGGUGCUUCAAGAUUGUGAGGACUAUCAGUACAUAGAGAGAGGAGAGACAUACUGCCUCUACCUGCCGGAGACCUUCCCCGAGGACGAGGGAGAGUACAUGUGCAAGGCCGUGAACAGCAGAGGCACGGCAGCAAGUACCUGCAUCCUCACAAUAGAAAGUAAGACCACCUUGGUGUGAUUGCAUGCCCGUCUGGAUAUGAACCUCUCUUCACGAAGUGGAUCGCAUGCUCCUCUUCCUCGUAGACUCUGCCAGACGGCGAGUUGGAUAACCGUCCUUCUGUUUCUUUCUUGCAGCUUACGACUACUGAUGCCGCCUCGUGAUCUGGAGAGUUUCCCUCUGUCUCUCACUCCUUUUGUAAAACGUCGUCCCUCCUGGCAUUGUCAAACAGAGGGAAGGAAAUAGCAGUAUGCUUGGCAUUCCUAAGGGAGGGACACAUAACACACAUAUGCAAAAAACAAAGACAAGAUGUUGUUUACGUAUUGCUCAAAUGUAAAGCUGCACUCCCCUCUAGGAUGGAAGAUGUGCCAAAAACAUGUGGUUCUUGUUCCCACGACAAGGGCUGCACCAAAACUUCAAAACGAUCUCUCCUGCGCGGCCCUGACAAUACUCGUCAUACCAGCACAUUUCCUGCAUUGCUCUGGUACUGUUCUGUAAAUAUCACACGUUUUGGUCCAUAAAUGGCAAAUGUUAAGCUUGAGGUAUUGAAAUGUUAAAUGUAAGAUGUGCAUUCACUUAAAGAACAGCAGUUAUAUCGACGAUUUAGAGGCAGCCACAUGUUGCAGGAACAAAACAGCUGCAUCCCUGAGUUUUACUUGCAGCCUCUACAGAUGAAUUUUUCAUGCACCAACCAUUUUUGUGUUAAAUGUACUACACUUAAAGUUGUCGAGGAUUGAUAAUGAAUAUAAAAGUAGACAUGUCCGAUUAUUUGUCGUAUAUUAUAAAUAGAAAAAAAACCUUUUAAUAAAAUGAACACAAAGAA